CUCCACUGAACCCUCCAAAUUAGCUUCUUUUACAGAACGCUUCUCUUCUUUGAGUGAAUACAGCUGAGAGGAUCGGCACACACAUGGAAUUCAACGGAACUCAGGUUCUAAUCACCAUCCUCGCUUCGAUUGUAGGAGGACUGGCUCUGAGACAAGUCAUGAAAUCGAGGAGGAGGAGGGACUCGGAGUCGACAUCGAGAACGGACAAUGCAUCUUUACAGAGGGGCUCGAAGUCUACCUCAAGAACCGAUGAUGCGUCUGGAGAACACUACGAUGUGUUUUUGAGUUUCAAGGGAAGCGACACGUAUCUAAACUUUACUAGUAUCCUCCACCGCGAUAUGGUCCGUGCAGGAAUCCGUGUUUUCCUUGCCGACAGGGAACUCAAAGAUGGUGGAAAAAUCGAUGCGCUUUUGAAUGCAGUCAAGAAUUCUCGGAUUUAUGUACCCAUCUUCUCUCAACACUUUGCUGACAGUAUAUGGUGUCUCCGCGAGGUAGAAUGCAUGGUGGAAUGCCAUUCAAAAUCAAAUGGAAAUAAGGAAAUCAUCCCCAUUUUUUAUGACGUGAAGCCCGACGAUGUGAAGCUCAAAACCAAUCGGUACAAGAAGGCCUUGCGCGAGCACAAGCAGAAUUUUUUUCUUUCUUUGUCUGGUCUGAAGCGCAGGGGGAAGUAUGACUCCUCUCGAGUGCAGCAAUGGGAAACAGCCCUUCAAACGGUUGGCAGCAUACGUGGACGGGAACUUCAAGGCAAAGGUCAAGGAGAAGAAAUUGACUCAAUUGUUGAAGUGAUUUCCCGUAAGCUUAAUACGGGACACGUGAAGGAGCCUGAAAUUUUGGUUCAAGAUAUUGCUCAGGUGCAAGCUAUAAUGAAAUUAUUGGAUGUUGGCUCUGAUGGUGUACGUUAUGUUGGCAUUCAUGGCCUAGGAGGCAUUGGAAAAACAACUCUUGCCAAAAAUGUGUACAACAGAUUACGAUUUCACUUUGAUGGCUUUAGUUUCCUUCAUGACAUUCGAGUACAAUGGCAACAUCUUGGUGGUCCUUUAAAUUUGCAGAAAAGGCUCUUAUCAGAUUAUGUCAGUUCUGGCAUUACUGACCAAAUUAAAGAUGGUGGUGGGAUUGAGAUGAUCAAAAAAGUGUUGAGUAAAAAAAAUGUACUCAUUGUUCUGGAUGAUCUAGACCAGAAAGAGCAACUUGAAAAGCUGGCUGGAAAAUAUGAUUGGUUUGGUUCACGCAGUAGGAUCAUCUUCACCACCAGAAACAAAGAAGUCUUGACAACUCAAGUGGAAUUAUCCAAUGAAGAACCCAAAAUAAUUUUUGAUUAUGAAGUUCAAAGAAUGGAAUUUCAUCUAGCAUUGGAGCUGUUCUGUAAGCAUGCAUUCGGAAGAGUUUCUCCUAGAGAACAUGCUUUUUCAGCAGAGAAAAUUGUCCGUAGAGUGGGUAUGCUUCCUUUGUCCGUCCAAGUGAUAGGUUCUCAUAUUUCUGGGCUAGACUUUGCCCUGGAGGCACCUGAUAUUCAAGAAAAGCUAUUGGGAGACACGUUGCAGAUGUUAGAUCAAGGUGGCUUUGAUGAUGUCCGAAAAGUAUUAAUGAUCAGUUAUAAUGGAUUGAAGCGGAAGGAGGACAAAGAAGUAUUUCUGGACAUUGCUUGCUUUUUUACCAACGAGGAACAAACAUAUCCAGUUAUUAUGUGGGAUGGUUGUGUGUGCUGUCCUCACACUGCAAUUCGUGUCCUCCAACAACGGUCCUUGAUUAAAAUUAUGGGUAAAAAGAUUUGGAUGCAUGACCAAGUUCGAGACUUGGGGAGGCAUAUCGUCCUUGAAGAAUAUACUCCCAAAUUUAGUAGGGUGUGGAAACAUGAUGAUGUUGUAGAACUAUUGAAGAGAAAACAGAUAAAUGAAGAUGUAGAAGCCAUAAGCCUGACUUCCAGUGGCAAUGGCCACAACUUGGUAGAUGAAGAAUUAGCUGCUCUACCAAAACUGAGGUUUCUUCAAGCAAAAGGCUUGGAUUUUUCUGGCGACUUCAAGAACCAUCUUUCGAUGCUAAGAUGGCUUUCUUGGCAAACACGGGGAACCACUUUCAAAGCACAAAACUUUCACUUUAGUAGAUUGCUUGUGCUCGACCUUUCCAAUAGCAAUAUUGAAGAUGGCUGGAAUGGGUGGACCCAAAUGAAGAUGAAUAUGUUGAAGGUUCUAGAUUUGACGGGUUGCGUAUGGUUAAAUACGACACCUGACUUCUCUAACUUCAUGUCUUUGGAGAAGCUAAUCCUUGCUCGGUGUGUCAAGUUAACGACAAUUCACAGCUCCAUUGGUAAGCUGAUUCACCUAAAAACUUUGAAUAUCAAGGGGUGUAGUUCUCUGGGGGAGUUGCCCGGAGAAAUCGGUUCUUUGCAAUCUUUGACAGAGAUUGUCAUGCCCCAAAACAUUCGUCCCUUUAAGCUUCCGGAGACAUUCGGCAGUCUUCACUCUUUGUCUCGUUUGAUAUUAGAUGAGCACCCCGGAAUCAGUCAACUUCCAAACUCUAUUGGAGGGUUGGUGAAAGUUAAACAUUUAUCUUUACGUCGUUGUGUGGGGAUAACGAAGCUUCCAUCCUCCAUUGGAAAGAUGAAAUGUUUAGAAGAGUUGGAUUUAUCAAAGUCGGGAAUAGUUGAACUGCCCGAUUCCAUUGGAUGUCUAAAAAAACUAAAAGUGAUCAGAGUAAGUUACACAGUGAUAAGAAAGUUUCCUUGUACUAUCGGACAUGUGGAGAUGCUUGAAGAGUUGCAUGCCAAGAAAUGUUUGGAUUUGACCGAUGAAAACCUAGAGGAAAUAAGGAAGCUAUCUCAUUUGAGGAUUUUGGACUUAUCAUAUACUGAAGUAUCAGAGUUCCCUACCGUGCGAGGUUGUCUCUCUAGUCUCCAAACACUUGAAAUGAGUUCAAUUCACCUUCCAGAAGUACCAGAUCUUCCCCCAAGUUUGACACGCCUCCACUUGCAAGCAUGCCACUUCCCAUCUACACUUCACUUUGCAAGCCUCGUUAGUUUAGAUUAUCUGGAAUUGUCUAGAUUAAGCGCUUCAACAGAGGAACCUGGCCCAACUUGGACAAGCGAUUCGCCAGAAGAGCGACUGAUCCAUCCGCUUCCAUCUGGUUUGUCAACCUUGAAGUUCAAGGGCAUCAGUCUACUGCCACCUCUUUCCAACUUAGAAAGAUUGUCGGUUCUAUGUGUAAUUGAAUGUCCAAUGUCAGGCUUCUCUGUCUCUAAAGACCUAAUACAUUUGAAGGAAUUGACGCUAAGCAAAUGCAAAUCCCUCGAGAAAAUACUGGGUCUACGACUCUUGAAAAAACUUGAGCGCUUGGACUUGAACAGAUUGGAAAGUUUGGUUGAGAUUGAAGGUUUGUCAGAAUUGGAAUCCUUGGUGUACUUCCGUAUUUGCCAUUGUGAUCAGAUAGCAAGGUUACCCGGCUUAUCAAAGUUAGAUAAGCUUGAGCACAUUGAGGUAGAAGCUUGUCCGGAAAUAAGAGCCAUCGAGGGCAUAGAAAGCAGGGAUUUGGAUAAAUGGGGUUGCACUGUCCUGAAAAGGUUGAUUGAUGUAUCAAGUUCGACCUGGCUUUCCCACACAGUACCUAAGAACCAGGUGUUCCUGAGUUUUACGGGAGCGGAUGCUUGUUAUAGCAUGGUCGAUUGCCUUCGAAAGAACCUGGUUCUUAACCAAAUUUCAGUUUUUAGGGACAAUGAAGAACCGAGCUCUAGUGAUGGAGUUGGUGAAGAGUUUCCGCUAGACGACUUCGCUAUCUACAUACCCUUCUUAUCUAAGAACUACGCUUCUAGUAGGUGGCGUCUGCGUGAACUAGCCCACAUGGUAGAAAGCACGUCAAAGUCAAAUGGCACAAAAAAAAUCCUGCCCAUUUUCUACGAUGUGGAGGUUGACGAUGUCAAGCUGGAAAGCGAUUUGUACAAGAGUGCCCUGGCUAACCACAGGGGGAAAUUUGGCAACGAAGUGGAGGAAUGGGAAAAGGCUCUAAGAGAAGUCGCGGGUAUGAAGUGGUUCGACUUGAAAACUAAGAGCGACGGAGAACUGAUGGACUUGAUUGUUGAGGAGGUACUCUGUAAGCUUAAUGCCAAGAGAGUGGAUGAGCCUGAAUGUGUGGUUGGAAUUCUUCCUGACGUAGAUGCUCUAAUAGAGUCGUUGGAUGUCAACUCCGGUGGUGUACGAUUCGUUGCAAUAUGGGGAGUGGGUGGUAUAGGUAAAACAACGCAUGCGAAGGUUGUGUUCAACCGUUUACUUUCUCACUUUGACGGUGCUUGUUUCCUCGGCGACAUUGGAGAAUCAUCACCAUUUGGUCUUAGAAACUUGCAGAAAAAGUUAAUAACGGGUUUUGUGGGUUCUGCGAUUGCUGGCCAAAUUGAGGACAUUGAAGCUGGGAUGAAUAAGAUCAAGAGAGUGUGUGAAUCUAGAAAAGUCCUCAUUGUUCUAGAUGAGCUAUACGGGAGAGAAGAACUCAAAAAUCUAGCUGGAAAAUCCGAUUGGUUUGGUUCUGGCAGCAGAAUCAUUAUCACAACUAGAAACAGAGAUAUCCUAGAGACCCAAGUUGAAUCAUCCAGUCAAGAGAACCGAAAUCAAACCGAAGGAAUUUUGACUUAUGAACUUCGAGCAAGGGAUGAUAGUCAAGCACUUGAGUUAUUUCGUCGUCACGCAUUCAAAGGAGACCCUCCCACAGAAGAAUACGAUCAUCUUGCAAAGGACAUUGUCGUGACUUGGCCUGGGCAUCCUUUGUUUUGCGAGGUGAUAGGUUCAUAUCUUUAUUGCCACUGCUCUCAACUGGAGUCACGUGGUGAUAAAAGAGAGCUAUGGAUAGACACGUUGGAUCAGUUACGUAAACUUCCUAUCGGAGAUGCUUACGGUGCAUUGAUGAUAGGUUACGCAGGUUUGGAUGAUAACCAAAAAGAAAUUUUUCUGGAUAUUGCUUGUUUUUUCUCCAACGAGGACAAAAAAUAUCCAUUCAUCAUGUGGGAAGACCAUAGUUACAAUCCUCAAAGUGAAAUUCCUAUCCUCAGCCAACGGUCCUUGAUACAAAUUAGAGAUAAUAAGUUAUGGAUGCACGCCAUGUUGCGUUACCUAGGACGGAUCAUCACCUGGAAAGAAUAUCGUCACAGUAGGGUGUGGGCUCAUGACGAUGCUAUACGUCUAUUGAGGAGAAGAGAGAGAAAUGAACAUGUUAAAGCACUAAGCCUGACUUCCGAUAUAUGGAGCAACAUCAUUGCAUCUGAAGAAUUAGCUGCUCUACCCAAUCUGAAGUUCCUUCGAGUGAAAGGCCUUGAUUUUUCAGGCAAUUUCAAGAAUCUUCUUUUCAAACUAAUAUGGCUUUCUUGGCAACCAUGGCAAGUGACUUUCCAUGCGUACAACUUUCACUUUAAUAAGUUGCUCGUGCUCGACCUUUCGCAUAGCAAUAUUGAAGAUGACUGGGGUGGAUGGAGCCAAAUGAAGAUGGAUAGAUUGAAGGUUCUAGAUUUGACAGGCUGCAGACAGUUGAGAAGGACACCUAACUUCUCUAACUUCUCAACUUUGGAGACGUUAAUUCUUGCACAGUGUGUCAAGUUAACUGCAAUUGACAGCUCCAUCAGAGAGCUAACAGGCCUUAGAACUUUGAAUUUGGAUGGGUGUAUAUCGCUUGAUGAGUUGCCGGAAGAAGUUCGUUCUCUGCAGACGGAUAUUAUCAUGCCCCCACAUCUAACAGGAAGGGAGAACUAGUUGAUAAGGUUACUGGAGGUUUUGAGAGCGUGGCCUUUGUUAGACGUUAACUCCUCAAGCCUUGUUUUGGUUUAGUCAAAGAGAAGAAGAAGGGUUCUGCUUUGUAGGCAAUAAAGCUCUGUUCAAUUGCAUUCUGCGUUUGAUUGUUCGGAGGAUCUGAAUAUUUCGUUGAGUAACGAUAUGGGUUGACAAUUCGAGUAUAUAUGAACGAGGGGUAUCAAUGAACUCCCAUGCUUUAAUGGAGGAUUAGUGAAGGUUUGACUCUUGUCUUUGCAGCGGUUCCAGAAAAUAGAUGAGCUUUGAAACGUCAGUCUUUACACAGGCGCUUUGCAACAAUAGAAAGGAGCUUGCAUUUCCAAGUAAUAAAUUUCUGUAGGACGGUGUUCUUUAUGUUUUCGAAUCUAAUGCUUGUUACUUUUUUUUUUUUGGGGGUGAAAGAUUAGCAUGAAGUGUGAAACCAAGUUGUUCAUGUGUAAGAACUUGAAUUACUGCAUGCUUCCUAGUGCUUUUGGAUGUUUAGAACUUUGGCAAUUAUAUGCCAUUUUAGUCCA